CACCCUGCCUGCUGUCCCCGCUGACCCUUGAAGGCGAGAGGUAGGGCCAGGGAAUGAGCUCAGCUCUGUGCUAUGUGCGAUGUCUGCACCCAUUGGCACCGCUUCCCACCACGGCACGCUGAGGCCAAUCCCUUGUUCAGGAUCCCCUGCAGCACCCCGAGGUUCCCAGGGCUCUGUGCUCCCCAUGUCCCCGCUCUGGGCACAGCACUGGAGGUGCUGAGGGCUCCCACAUACGGACAUCCCUGUGCUCCAUCCUGCCCAGCUGGGUGGGGGCUGGGAGCCAUGAUAUCAGCCACCCGCAGCCUGACUCAUCCCGGCUCUCCAGCACAAGCAGCGCAGCUCAGCAGGGCGCUCAUUUUAUUCCAAUUAAACUGAUAAGGCCCCACGUAAUGAUUCUCAUUCGUGACUGAGCGUGUGCUCCUGGCCAAAGGGCAAGAGGGGACGCUGAAGGUGGUGGAGAUUUCCCACUCGAAGUAGGGAGAACAAACCUCUGAUUGAUACCCACAGGGAUGGAGCAUCCCUGCCCCACCUGUGCUGCUGGGCAGGCCCAUUGCAUUGUCCUGUGUCACCUGCACUCACCCCAAGCACAAUGCCCAGGUCCCUGGUUGGUGUCCCCAGGAGAUCCGGGUCACUGGCCCAAGUAGGGAAUGACACAUCUUCUUUCCGGGACACAGAGCUCAGCUCCUGCCAAAAGUCCCCGGGGGACCCAGCAUCAAAGCGUGGUCGUCAUCAGGGGAAAAUGCAACGUGACUCGUUCCUCCUGCUGCUCCCGGUCAGGUUUCAACCCUUCUAUUACAGGUUUGCAGCAAACAGGAGGUGAGUCAGGGCGUGUGGGGUGGGAAACGAGGAUGGAGCUGGGGAGGGAGCAGCUGCUCAGUGAAAGGUGAGCUGUGCUAUGCAGGUGAAUCAUCCCGUGGGGAAAAUCAAUGGUAAUCCUCACAAGCAGUGCUGGCAGCGAGGCACAGCUUGGCUCCUUCAGGAAAUUGCGGAGCAAAGAGAAAAACAAGGCGAGGCUUUGCUUUUUUUUCUGAGGCAAUAAAUUGUGAGGGAGCAGCCUGCGGAGCUGCAGCAGCCACGUUCCCUGGGCUCCUUAAAAGGGAGAUUUUAGUCCGGGACAGCGGGGAGACAGCAAAGCCAUAAACACCCUCCAGGAAUGUGGCUGCUGAGAAAUAGGCUCCCGCAGCACUGGGGGGAGCAGGGCCGUGCCUGGCACCUUGGCCGUGCCCCAUGGGAACACCGAUGUCCCCACAUCUGAUGGUCCCCAGGGGGCUCUGACCUAACGCUGUGUCCCUGCAUCCCCAGGUCCAUGCCAUGUAGAUGUCCCCAUGUCUACACAGAGCUGGCAGAGCUGCAGGGCAAGGGGUGGCUGCUCGCAUCCAGGACUGCCCUGUACAUUUGGGUAGGGGGUUCCCUUUUUACUCUUUUAGUCUUUUCAUUCCCACAGGAUCUACAGGCUGCCCCUCAGUUUCUGACAUAGCCCUGCACUUUUCUCCCAUACCAGCAUGUGCUGCAUUUCUGUUGAAUCCAGCUGGCAGGGACGCCUGCACGGACACUUGGAUCGGAGCCACUGACUUGGGAUGGGCUGCCAGAGCUGGGUGAAAGCAUGGCUCACCACGAGCCCUGCGGCACUGGCCCUGUCACACAGAUGUCACUGUGCAGCCUCAGCCCCAGGAGACACUUGGCACAGGGCUGGUGUCCAGAAGGACUGCAGGUGAAGAGCCAUCCCACCAUGCAAGAAUGUUGUCACAGAAGCGUGAGGUCACAGCCCAUGACACCGUGGCCACCAGCAGUGCCAAGAACAGCUCCCAGCACCUCUCCCCACAGCUUCGCAUUGCCAUCCAAGGCCCCAAAAUGAAAUCAGCUGCACCCCAGGAGGCUGGAGACCCAAAGGACAAGCCCUGCCUGCUGUGCACCAUGGAGCAAAAAAGCCGCUUCUGGAAAGCAGUGAAGUCACUGGCGCUGCUUCGGCUGUUUCGGAGCACAAACCGCAGGGUGCAGCGGCUGCACACAGUGGCUGUGCGGUGCUGGCGCUCGCUCACGGCACAGGGGCUGCCCGGUGCCACAUCACUGCUCCCCAGGGAAUGUCACCACCUGCCAGAGCCGGAGGAGGAUGUGGGCAGCCCUGAGACCAGCUCGACCAGCAGCACUGCGGAUACACCAAUGGAGCCAGAGACAAGCACAGAAUCAGCAGCUACAGAAGCCAAGCAGGACUCAUUGGAGACCCUCCCCCAGCGUUUCCACAUGCCGGCCCCCAAAGUGCUGUGCCGGCCUUCAGCCCAGCGCUGGGUCAAGCCCUGCUGCACCCGCUCCUGCGGAGAGAGCCUGGAGCGCACGCUGACCAUCCGCUACCCCCGGUGACCACCAUGGGUCUGCCUGAGGAGUUGGAGGACAGCUGACAGGAGACCUGUGGGGUAAUGCACUCAGCCUCCUGCUAUGAAUAAAGGGAGUGGCCUAUGCCUUACCAAUAAUGA